GGACCGAUUACGGCACCUCUCGUGCCGUGUGUCCAAACGCACAAUAAAAUUGAAACUAUCACAAAAUUUCCUUCUUCUUUUUGGGUCCACCGCGCCUAAGGUUGCGCCCCGCUCUAACCGUCCUGACCUGUGCUUCUGGCGGAAAAUAAUGUCGCUUGGCAGUUUGGUUUCGAUCGUCGCCUCGUCAAGAUGACUGUCACCUAUGGAGUGGAAAAGUGUCCCAAAAAGUUCGAUGAGUAUCUGUGCAGCCUAUCGGAAAAGUAUCGUCAGCUGGCGAAGGAGCAGCUCAGAGAGGAUGACACUCUGCGGAAGCAGGCGUUGGAGGCGAUGCGGGCUUGGAUCGCUAAGCAUCCCUACAUCCGGCGAUGUCGAACGGAUUCGCUGUUCCUGUUGCGGUUCCUCAGGCAGAGAAAGUUUUCGAUCCCGUUGGCUUGUGAAACCCUAGAAAAGUAUCUAGCCAUGAGACAAACAUUUCCUCAGUGGUUCCAAAAUCUCAACCCAUCCCAGGAUGACAUGAAUGCAUUGACACAGAGUGAUGUGUUCCAAGCGCUCGGUUUCGAUGAAAAAGGCCGCAUUCUAAUUUUGAUUAAAUCAAAGAAUUUCAACGUGGAACGGUUCAACCUGAUCCAUCUGAUCCGGUACCUUCAUAUGAACAUGGAAAUCUUGUCCUGCGACGAACGGAUCCAGGUUGCUGGGAUUGUGCUGAUAGUUGAUUGCUUCGACACCACGAUGAUGCAUUUUACAUUGUUCAAUUUGUCCGAUAUGAAGAACAUGAUGCCGUACAUCAACCAUCUGCUUCCGGUGCGCUGCAGAGAAAUUCACGUGAUUCGCCUACCGAAGAUGAGUGUGACCCUGGUCGAUAUUCUGUUCACUUUUAUCAGCCCAAAGCUGAAGCAUCGGUUCUUCUUCCACAAAACGCUUCGAGAUGCCAAGAAGCACCUAGAUAAAUCGCUACUACCCACCGAGUACGAUGGAACAAACAGCUCGGCCGAGCUAUCGAUGAUCCUUCACCGGCAAGUGCACGACUCCCACGAAGAACUGACCCUGCUCGACCAGAUGGAGAUCGAUGUCAGCAAGUAUACAGCGCUGUGGAACCAAAAUCAUCCGGCCAGCGGGUGCGGUAAGGCGAGCGAAAUCGAAAGUGGCAUGGUGGGCAGCUUUAGGAAGCUCAACAUUGACUAGGGAUUCGAUGUGUUUAUAGUGUUGUGUUUAUAGUGAAAGUGUAUACGUAAGGUCGAUCAUAUCAAAACUACGGCACAGGCACAGGUACCGCAAAGGAAACUAAAUGGCAAAUUUGGGAUGUCUAGGCUGAGUCUGAUACGGUUUGAAGUGUGUUCAUUAUUCAGCAGUAUUUACCAAAAACGUGUUUCAGCUCAUUAAAAUUUAUGAUUUUUCUACGCUUUGUUUCCUAUCGAGUUUGGUGUGAUGAAAUGCGAUGAAUAGCGACGAAAUCAAAAGAUGUCGGUUGCAGUUUCGUAACCGAAUGGUGACUGCUGCAAAAUCGAAGCUUUUGAAUGGGAACUCGAGUCGGUUUUUCGCAAAAGAAACACUAGAGUUUUUUCGGAAACAGUUUGUGUAUGCAUAGCACAUUUAUCCGCACGAGAUGUUCAUUUAAAUCAUAAACUGAAUAAAUUUAAAAAUAUAACUAGAUUACGCCACACUUAUAUCCAUAAGCUAAUAGUAAUCGUUUUCG